AUGGCUACAUCAAUGUCGGAACCUACAGAUGUCCUACAACAUGUCGCCAUUGAAAUCCCGAAAGGGUCUUAUGAUUCUCUUGUAAUUCCCCUCAAAGAAAAAAUGGAAACCAUGACGACUGCGAGCUGCAUUUUCAAAGUCGAUGAGAAACUGCGAGAGAUCGAUGAAAAACAUUAUCUCCCUCAAACUGUCUCCAUCGGUCUUUUCCAUCACGGUCGGGACAAUACGAAAUUCAUGGAAGAACAUAAAUGGCGGUAUCUGUAUUCGCUCCUGAAUCGGAAAUCUCACCUUGAAGCUACAUUGGACAAGUGUGUAAAGUCUUUAAGAGAGUUGGAGCAUAAGGCAAGGCUGUGCUACAAAGAUCUCAAACAGGACGAGGUUCCGAGUGACAAAUUUGUUGAGAUCAUGUUAGCUGAUGCCGGUUUCUUAAUUGAACUCUUCCUCAAGUACGUGAUAAAGGGUCUGAAACGCCGUGGUGAUUACGUGUUCAACACGUCCGGGUUGUUGUACGAGUUGAGGUGCGACAUGUUACUGCUGGAAAAUCAGAUCCCUUAUUUCAUCCUUCAACGGCUGUUUGAAAUCGUCCCGAUUCCAAACCAUUGCAAACUGUCCCUCACCGAACUCGCAUUCCGGUUCUUCAGAGACAUGAUCCCAGGAGAUCACAGACUUCAUUUGGCGAAAUUCGGACAAGAAGGUAAUCAUUUUCUCGACUUAAUCCGCCAUUGUUUCCUCCCAACGGUUCCGAGAAUCAAAGCAAAACAACAAGAAGAAGUUAGAGGUUUGCCUUAUAAGGCAAGUAAGCUCAAAGAUGCUGGAAUUAAACUCAAGAAGGCAACAACAGAGGACUUACUAGAUAUAAAAUUCGUCAAAGGAGUACUUGAACUUCCACCUAUCAAUGUUCAUCAAUACACCGAAACCCUUCUCCGAAACCUCAUCGCCAUUGAACAAUCCGGUCCCGGGACCACUAAUCACAUCUCAUCCUACGUAUUUCUGAUGAAAACCCUUCUCCCCGAAAACAAAGAUGUGAAACUAGUGAAAAGAAAGCAAAUUCUUACAAACUAUGAUGUGAAUGAUAAGAAACAGGUCGAGACAUUGUUUCAUCGUCUUUGUGAAGAGAUGAAAGUAAUGGAGAAUGCCGAUGACGAGUUCUACUACAAUGGGCUUUGCGAGCAAGUGAAAGAGUAUAAAAAGAGCAGUUGGAAGCCUCGCUUGAAGACGAUGACGCCACCGUUUAAACCUGGUUAUCUUCAACGGCCCUUGCCUCGUAUCGUGAUCGUCCUUCUUGUUUUGUUCAUCGUCCUUGUCUUUGUUGGUGCUUUGUUCUCUGUAAUCUCGUUUUUUAGACACAAAUUGUAGGACAAGAAUUGGAGCAUGAGUGUUUGGUUUUCUUUUGAAUCGAUAAAAACAUUGCACUAAUUUUCAAUUC